AUGGGAGUUACCAGCCUGUGGCAGAUCCUGGAACCUGUAAAACAACACGUCCCCCUCAGCAGCCUUAAAGGAAAGACCCUGGCUGUUGAUUUAAGUCUCUGGGUGUGUGAAGCACAAACAGUUAAAAAGAUGGUUGGGAUAGUCAGAAAACCUCACCUUAGGUACGUACAAUGCUGCUGUCUUACAUUAUUGUCAGCGGCGUACAGAUUAUAAAAUUCUUUGCUUACCCACUAGUGUUUUCCCAAAUCUAAGGUAUAGCUUAAAUAUUUUUCUAAAACUUGGAAGGAAGUUUAUUUCCCCUGUUCUCCCCGCUCCUCACCCAGUUCUUGAGCAAAACUCAAGGAGAAAACAGUGACUGUAACCAAUCCCAUAUUUAUUUGCUUAUCUUCAUUGCUACCUAGCAAGGUAGACAGGAUGAUCUUGGACUCGGCCAGAUUGGUUAAGAAAAAUCAGUUUAUAUGCAUUGUAUAUGCAAUAUAACGCUGUGACACCAGAUGGCACUGUGGAGGCCUGUCUUUCUGCACCGGAUUUCCCUGUAUGAAUUUACAGCACGUUUAACUGAAGCGCGUCUUUGACGUGUCUAGAUCCAGCCCUUGUUACUGGUGAAAUUAUUUUUGUUGUGCAGAUAAUCCAUAGCUCCCAUAGCCAUUAAUGAUAAGGAGUACAGUGGUACCUCGGGUUAAGUACUUAAUUCGUUCCGGAGGUCGUUUCUUAACCUGAAACUGUUCUUAACCUGAAGCACCACUUUAGCUAAUGGGGCCUCCUGCUGCUGCUGUGCCGCCGGAGCACGGUUUCUGUUCUCAUCCUGAAGCAAAGUUCUUAACCUGAAGUACUAUUUCUGGGUUAGCAGAGUCUGUAACUUGAAGCGUAUGUAACCUGAGGUACCACUGUAAAGGACGAAGCAUAGUCAAGGAUGGAUCACUCUCAGAAGCCUCUUCUCCAGUGAACUCCAAAUACGGCUCUCAAAUUCUUGCUGCGUGCCUCCUUUCCCAGACCAUAAUUCCCUAUGAAGUUUCACAUUUCCACAUGUAGUGAUUGCUUCACGUAUUUCGGUGUGUUUGAUAGGCAACAUAAAAAAUGGACACAGAGAUAGUGACUGUUGAUCUUGCAUGAAUGUUGUACAUCAUGGUUUGUUUGUUUUAAAAAAGUUAAAUAUAAUUGAUCGGUCUUAACAAAUAUUUGGCCAACUUUAAAUCCAUUGUCAUUGUCAUCAUUAUUAAUGCUCAUAUCCUACCUGUGAUGGGAUUAUGAGCUGCUUGUGCGUAAAAUCGUAUUCCCUCAGAGUUUGUUCAAGUCCACAAACCUCUGUCUGUGACUGAGCCCCUCUGACAUGGCUCCUCUAGUCACUAGAAGAUUCCGACAGUGGUUGCUUUCGUAAUCGCUUCCAACAUAAAAGCUCCUUAACGGAAACACGUCUUCUGGACUCUCUGCGUGACAGUUUCCGGCGAGGAGUGGGUGUCGCUACAGGAGGUCCGGAAACCUCACCACUGUUUUCGCUGGAAGUAUCUCUGAGCCAUCCCCCAGCUCCCUUUCCCUCAGUUCAGCUUCUCUCCCCUACUGGUUUCCUGUUCCGCUGCUGAGUCUCUCCCAACCUGUCUGAGCCCAGUCACCUCCCUCAGUUCAGCUUCUCUCCCUUGCUGGUUCCCUCUUCAGCUGCUGAAUCUCUUCCAACCUGUCUGAGUCCUUUCACCUCCCUUCCUUCCGAUGGCAGUUCCCUGACAUCCACCUCCCCUCCAGGGCCCCCUUCACCCCCUCUCGCCCCCUCCUCUACGGGCGGUGAGGAGGCAAAACCCCGGAAUGAACUUCCUUCAUCUUCCGAUGUCUCGAACACUUCUCUCCACCUGUUGCGGUUCCUGGUCUCGAAGCACUCCUCCUCCUCCGAGUCCAUCUCCCCUUCCCCUUCCGAUUCUGGGAAUCCUUCCAACUCCUCCUCCUCCUCAGUGGUCCCAAAGUAUUCCCUCCGGAACCUCUCCACAGGCUGAGGUUUCCGCGGGAACCUUUGAUGGAACAUUUCUAUCAAUACCUCGUCAUUGAUAUCUUUGGCCAUUACCCACGUGUUUUCUGACUCCGGUUCUCCUUCCCACGCUACCAAAUACUCCACCUGAUUCCCCUUCCACCUGGCAUCAAGGAUUUCUGCCACAUGACUGCUGCAUUCUCUUUCUUCUAUGACCCGGGCCCGAGUGGCCAUCCCUUCUCGUCCCCCCUCGUACGGUGACAGUAACGACCUGUGAAAUACUGGGUGCAGUUUCAUGUGGUUGGGUAACCGGAGCCUGAAAGCCACUGGGUUGACCUGUUGAAUGACCUCAAAGGGACCCAACCUCCUGGGUCGUAAUUUCUUACAACCUCCUUUGAACGGCACCCCUCGGGUUGACAGCCACACCCUAUCUCCAACCCUUAUGGUUUCACCUUCCCUUCGGUUCUUGUCUGCCUGCCUCUUGUAUUCUUCCUUCGCCCUUUCUAAGUUGAGUUGGAGCUGACGGUGGAUUGCUUCCAUUUCUUCUACAAAAUGCUCGGCUGCCGGUACGCUCCAUCUCUCCCCUUCUCCCCCUGGGAAAGCCCUGGGAUGACACCCAUAAUUAGCCAAGAAGGGGCUCAUCCCUGUGGACACAUUCUCGGCAUUGUUGUAGGCAAAUUCCGCCAGCGCCAACUUUUCUACCCAGUCAUUCUCUCUGUCAUUGACAUAACACCUCAGGUAUUGCUGGAGGACACCGUUUGCUCUUUCCGCCUGCCCGUUGGUUUCAGGGUGCCGGGCAGUCGAAAAGUUGACCUCCACCUGCAGUAAGCUCAUGAGCUUCCUCCAGAACCUGGAAGUAAAUUGUUUUCCUCGGUCUGAGACCACCCUCAAUGGCACCCCGUGCAACCUAAAAAUGUGUUCUACAAAUAACUUCGCUGUCUCUUCCGCCGUGACAGCAUGCGAGCAAGCUACAAAGUGGCACAUCUUUGUUAGUAGGUCUACCACCACCAUGAUGGCUGUUUUCCCUUUGGACUUCGGCAGAUCAGUCAUAAAAUCUAUCGACACUGCCUCCCAAGGUCGUUCUGGUGUUGGUAAGGGUUCUAAUAGCCCCGCCGGCGCCCGCCUUUCCCCUUUGGCUCGCUGGCACUGCUCGCACCCUCUUACAUACUCACGUACAUCCUCCCUCACCUUAGGCCACCAAAAUUCCCUGGUGACCAACCACAUGGUUUUGUGUUGCCCAAAAUGCCCGCCGUGGGGCUGUCAUGCAACUGCUUGAGUACCCUCCCCCUUAAGGCUCCUUCAGGGAUAUACAGUGCCCCUUUGUAAUACAAAGCUCCAUUUCUUUCCUCGAAACCCCUUGAUUCCUCUCCCUCAUCCCUAAGACCUCUGAGCUUAUUCUGGGCGUAUUCAUCAUUCUCUGUUUCUUCUACCAGUUCUCUUUGUCCCACCAAUGCCGCCCCACACACCCAGCGGUCCUCUGGAAUGACAUGUCUCUCUUCGGGUGCUCCCUCCCCUCCCAAUAUUCAGGUUUGCGUGAGAGAGCGUCCGCCUAAUGGUCUCUGGGCCUGGCACGUAACAAAUCUGAAAGUUAAAUUUGGAGAAUUCCUGGGCCCAUCUCACUUGCCGUUGGUUGAGCACUCGUGCCGUCCUCCAAUACUCUAGGUUCUUGUGGUCAGUGCACACUUGCACCUUAUGUUGUGCGCCAAUUAGCAGGUGCCUCCAUCUCCGGAACGCCUCAUGAAUGGCUAGUAGUUCUCGGUCAUACACCGUGUAGUUCCUCUCGGAUUUGUUCAGCUUUCGCGAAAAAAGGCACACGGUCUCCACUCUGACUCCUCCUUCCCUGGCUGGAGAAGCACCGCCCCAACCGCUCUGUCUGAUGCGUCAGUUUCCACUCUCAUCGGUUUUUGUAAAUCCACAUGCAGGAGCUGUUGUUCCGAGGCGAAGGCCCUUUUAGUUCCUCAAAUGCUUGCUCCGCCUCCUCCGUCCAAACGAACUUCUUCUUACUGCUGAGACAGUCCGUAAUGGGCGCCGUCAGGUGGGCAAAGUUUGGGAUGAACUUACGAUAGAAGUUCCCAAACCCUAAAAACCUCUGCACAUCCUUCCUUGUUUUGGGUGUUUUCCAUUCCAGUACCGCCUGGACCUUGUCGGGAUCCAUGGCCAACCCCUUGUCAGACAGGCGAUACCCCAGGAAUUCCACCUCCUUGGUAUGAAACUGACACUUCUCCAGUUUCACCCACAGCUGGUUGGCUUGCAGCCUGCUCAACACUUCUCUGACGUCUCUCACAUGCUGCUCCUCAUUCUCAGAAUACACCAACACGUCGUCUAAGAAGGCCACACAAUUCUUGUAAAGCAACGGCCCCAGGACGUGGUUCAUAAACGAUUGAAAUGUUGCGGAGCCCGCUUGUAGACCGAAGGGCAUAACUAAGUAUUCAAAUGCCCCUAAAGGGGUGAACAUGGUGGUUUUCCAUUCAUCCCCCUUCCUUAUUCGUAUCAGGUUGUACGCCCCCCUUAGAUCCAGCUUGGUAAAAAUCUUUCCCUUCCGCACCCUUGUCAAAAUGUCGUCAAUCCUGGGCAUCGGGAAGGCCACUGGUUCUGACACUGCAUUUAAGGCCCUGAAGUCACACACCAGUCUCGGCUUGUUCGUGUUUUUGUCCACAAAAACACUGGGCUGCCCCCACCGCCCUGGACUCUCUGAUGAACCCUCUCUUCAGGUUCUUGUCAAUGAACUCUCUUAGCUCCUGCAUCUCUCUGUCUGACAUGGCGUACAGCUUGCCUACAGGGAGCUGUGCCCCAGGGAGCAAAUUGAUUUGACAGUCAAAGGCUCUAUGCGGUGGUAGUUGGUCAGCUUCCCUUUCGCUGAAAACGUCGCGGAGAUCUGCGUAUUGUCGUGGUACCUUCACGUUCUCCGUCACUUCAGUCCCUGCUAGAGUGGCUUGGGCCCCUGCCAAAACCCUUCCCUCUUUGCAAUGUUCUAAGCAAUGUGCUGACCCAAAAGAAACCACUCUUUGAUGCCAGCCCACCAGCGGAUCAUGUAACGCUAGCCAGCUCAUCCCCAAUAUAAUGGGAGCUCCUCCCAAGGUGGCCACAUUAAAUGCUAUUAGUUCGGUGUGCCUUGCCACCUUCAUUAUCAUUGGGACGGUCUGCAAGCUGACUUCUCCUCCCAACAGCUCCCUGCCAUCGAUCGUGGUUACCUGCAGGGGGUUGCUUAAAGGGAGCGUCUGUAUCUGGUGUUCAGCUGCAAACUCUUUGCUCAUGAAAUUGCAGGAGCUGCCUGAGUCCAACAGCGCCUUAAUCUUUAGAGGGUGUCCGUUUGGCAGCUCUAGUGUCACUUCUAUCACUAGGGCGGGUUUAGGAGGUUCUGGAGUGGGCACUUUCACUGCUCUUUGGCCUGGCUGCUGUGCCCCGACAAUGGCAGCCAGGCGUUGGCUUUUAGUUGCUCCGGUAUUUUUUCCUCUCUUCCCUCCACAGCUCCCACCAUCCCUUGCCAUUCCUUCCUCUGGGGGCAGACUCUGGCAAAGUGCCCUGGCUGUUGGCAGAGAUAGCAUUUCCGGGCGCCUUUUCCAUCCUUCUUUCCCCCCUCACUGGGCUUUGAAACUGCGCGCGCGCGUCUGUUCCGAUUUCCAUCGGCUCUGCCGGCGGGACAGUUGGCUCUGGAAUGUCUGGAAUGCGGAACUCCUUCCAACGUUCCCCUUUCCCUUCCCGCCUCUCCAAUGCUCUCGCCUCCUGGCGCGCUCCUAUGGCCAGCGCUGAUUUGGUCAGCUGGUCCAUAGACUCCGCCCUGGGCGCCCGGGAAAGUUCAUCUUUCACAGCCGAAGAAAGCCCUUCUUCAAAGAGCAUUUGAAUGGGUUCCGCCGAUAAGUCCCACCCCAAUCUGUGUAUCAGCAUGGUGAACUCAGUCCAGUACUCACGUACAGAUCGGCUCCCCUGUUUGCAAGCCAUUAACUGUCUGCGCACCACUCCCUUUUCAAUAUCGCUGGAAAACAUCAAAUCCAUGGCGCGAAAGAACUUCAUUGUGUCCUUUAGGACGUCACUAUGCGCUGCCAUCAGGGGUCUCACCCAGUCUCUCGCCCCCUUUUCAAGAUGCCCAAUCACAAAAGCCACUCGUGAUUCCUCAUCAGGAAAUCAUCAAACUGCAGAUUGAGGGCAUAUUGCAUUUCUGUCCAAGCUAUGAUAGUCUUUGGGCUCCCCCCCAAAUUUCUGCACCAAUCCUGGUACCUUCCUGGCGAGCUGGGUGGCUUUCUCCCUUUGUCUGCAUCUUGCGCCCUCCUCUCCUCCAGCCUCGCCGUCUGCAGCGCCAGCUGGACCUCCAACACCCGGUACCUUUCUUCCAGGCUUGGACCCGCUCCAGCCCCUGCUUCUCCGGUUCCUGCUGGGUUGCUCAUUACGCCUUCUCCUGCACAAGCUGCGUUCAAAGACUGUCGGAAUGCUGUGAUGGGAUUAUGAGCUGCUUGUGCGUAAAAUCGUAUUCCCUCAGAGUUUGUUCAAGUCCACAAACCUCUGUCUGUGACUGAGCCCCUCUGACAUGGCUCCUCUAGUCACUAGAAGAUUCCGACAGUGGUUGCUUUCGUAAUCGCUUCCAACAUAAAAGCUCCUUAACGGAAACACGUCUUCUGGACUCUCUGCGUGACAGUUUCCGGCGAGGAGUGGGUGUCGCUACAGGAGGUCCGGAAACCUCACCACUGUUUUCGCUGGAAGUAUCUCUGAGCCAUCCCCCAGCUCCCUUUCCCUCAGUUCAGCUUCUCUCCCCUACUGGUUUCCUGUUCCGCUGCUGAGUCUCUCCCAACCUGUCUGAGCCCUUUCACCUCCCUCAGUUCAGCUUCUCCCCUUGCUGGUUCCCUCUUCAGCUGCUGAAUCUCUUCCAACCUGUCUGAGUCCUUUCACCUCCCUUCCUUCCGAUGGCAGUUCCCUGACACUACCCUUCACCAAAUGGGCCCAGGGUGAGCUACAAAAGCACCCACAAUUAAAAGCAAGUACAAAUGCUAUUAAAAAUCUCAAAAGAAAACCACAAAACUAUCCAAUAGUAAAGUUUGUUAACAGCAGCAGGGAGAAGCAAGGCAGCAGGAGGCAAGAUGCCAACUCAGCCAAAGCCCUGGCGGGUCUUGACCAAUAAGUAAGAACAGCACGUGAGACCGGUGUAUGAUGUACAUCAGAAGGGAAGCGAUCCCUUCCACAAAAGUGGCUCAACUCUCUUGCUAUUGCAGGAAUCUUUAUUUUCGAGUCUCUCUGUUAACGCUAAUGGGAAUCCAUUUGGUGUUUGUCAUGGAGGGAGAGUCCCCAGAGCUGAAAGCAGACACAAUGCGAAAGAGGACAGAAGCUCGCUUUGGCCCAUCCAGCAAACCCUGGAGGGCAAGAACAGGGAGAUCUCGUUUUAAAUCUCAACUGAAAGAGGCAAGUGUCUAUGGGUGGCUGAAUUUCAGUGUUCGGGGUACUGAAUACUGCUGCCAUUACCUUUAUACAAUCACAGGCAUAAAUUUAUUUAUAAUAAAUUUAUUUAUUAAUAAUAUUUAAUCUAUUUACUUUGUAUAAUUUUUAAAAAAUAUUUUAAAAUAAUGUAUUUGACCAAGUCUAGUUUGAUUUGUUAAUGUUUGUGAACUGCAGAAUAAUUAUGCUUAAUUGACCGUGAAGCAUUUUUCAUUUUAUUUUUGGGAAGGCAUUGUUUCAAUGUUGCAUGUCAAUUUUAUAGCUCCAGACACGCGUUUGUAAGAUUUAGGGUUUGUCCUGACUCUUGUCUAUCGUUUAUGAGCUUCACCUCCUAUUGAUUUAAUGACAUGAGAAGAUGUUCUCUGAUUUUAUAGCGCCGUGCUUUCAUACGGCUUGUCUCUUUUAAAGAACUUAUGAAUUAUUGCAGGGCAGCGAUCUGCACCUCAAUGAAGUGUCUACGGAGCAGAGCACAGGGGGAAAGUUGGUUCAGAAGUUUGUGGCGAUUCUCGUGACCAUUUGAUGGAAGCAUGCAUAAUUUUGCAAAGAACUGAAUUCCUGCUUUAGGUCUAACUGCAUCUUCUUUUGGGAUUUUUGCUUCCUUAGUGCCUUGAAAUGUUGGAGUGCUUAGGGGUCCCCUGGGUUCAGGCAGCCGGUGAAGCAGAAGCCAUGUGUGCUUAUCUGAACUUGAAUGGCUACGUGGAUGCCUGCAUCACCAAUGAUGGUGAUGCCUUCCUCUACGGUGCUCAGACAGUUUACCGGAAUUUUACCAUGAACAUAAAGGUACUUUAUUGGGGCUUUGUUUCAAAGAGCUUCUUUUUGUAAAUAAGCUAAAAGAUGAAAACCAAACCGGACCAGAAUCAUUCCAUGGUCUGAUUGAAAUAAGAUCCAAAGCCCGGGUAAACAAUAAUGUUUUUUGCUGGACGCUUAAAGGCUGGCUGUGUUGGCACGUGGCAAAAUUCUCUGGAGAAAGAGUUUUAUAAUUGGUGAGCCACCACUGAGAAGGCCCUUCUUUCACUGCCACCUUUUGCACAUGGCGAAGGUGACCCUGCAGCGAGGAAACAAAUGCAAAUAACUAUAUUUUAUAGUUGGUACUCUUAGCAGUUAUCCUGCUGUGGUUUGUCUUUUAAAUAGGUUUAUUUAUAUGCAUUAUUUAUUUCCCACUUUUCUUCCAUCAUGGAAUUCAAGGGGCAUGUGAGUCUGCCUAUCUAUCUAUAUUUCAUUCAGUCUUUGAUGUGUUAAGUCAGAAGUGCACUAACUUCAAGAAUCCUUGAGAAAUCUUAGUUACUGCAACACCCUCCUCUCAUAAGCUCUGAUUUCCCCCCUGGCUCUCAGCAAACCAUAGUUUGCCAGUUCGUCCUUGUGCUUGGAGGUUCUCAGAGCCAUUGGAGGAACAUUUCUUUCUGCUGGUAUUAGCAGGGAUGUUUCUCAGUGCUCAUUGAAGAAACUAUGUUAACGACAUUUCUUCCUGCUUUGUGAUCUUCUUUCUCCUUCGGCGAUCACUCAUAGGCGAGUAAGAUUUUUUUUUAUGAUUGUUGUAACAGUGUGUCCGUAAGUGACUGCGGAGGCCAGUUCUGGAUCUGCACAUCCUUCCACAGUGGGGACAUAGGUUUUCCGGGCGGGAGUUGAUCACAGUGAGGGUUUACCAAACGUGCCUUCCUCUUAGUUCAUUUCUCCCUUUUGUCCUGAGUUCGUGCUUCUUCAAAUUCCAUGACACCUUUGGUGAAGGCUGUUCUCCAGUUGAAGCGCUCACAGGCCAGUGAUUCCCAGUUGUUGGUGUUAUGCUACAUUUUUAAAGAUUUGCCUUGAGAGCGUCUUUAAACCUCUUUUGUUGUCUACCGGCAUUACACUUUCCAUUUUUAAGUUUGGAAUAGAGUAGUUGCUUUGGAAGACGAUAAUCAGGCAUCAGAACAACAUGACCAGUCCAAUGACGUUGAUGUUGAAGAAUCACUGCUUCGACACUGAUCAUCUUUGCUUUUUUCCAGUACACUGGCAUUAGUUCGCCUGUCUUCCCAAUGCCAGAGGGUGUCGCCAUCUGACUGUGUUCUUUUGCAGGACCCGCACAUCGACUGCUAUUCAAUAUUAGCUAUUGAGAAGACACUGGGCUGCAACAGAGAAUCACUGAUUGGAUUAGCAAUUCUACUCGGUUGCGAUUAUCUUCCUAAGGUAACAAAACAAAAAAAUGUUGACGUUCUGGAGUGAACAGCUGAUCUUUUUUCAUUAGCUCGUAACCUUCCCCGGACAUGACACUGAUCAGAUUCUCCAGGUACAGUACAGAUUGCUUCAUGUCAACUGUCUUCGUAUGCUGGUUCCUAGUCGUUGUUUCCUAAUAGAUUUAUUUCCCUUCCCCCAUGCUUUUCCAAGGCCCUGAUCCUAAGCUCUAAGGUUCUGCUGAAAUACUUGAGACUAGCAUCCAAGUAAACAUGUGCAUAGUGUUGAGAAAUGAGAUUCCCAACCCAUCUUUUGUUCUUAAAGGCGGGGAAAUGGGGGUGGAUCCUGAAGUGUCCCUUUUGUGAAUGAAAGGACUCCUUCCAUUCAUUGAACAGACCAAGAUGCACUGGAGCCUCUUGCUGGAGAGAGGAAGGAAGGUGAUUUUCUCUGAUUCAACCUGCAGUCCACCAUAUCGUCUCCCAUACUCUUUUGUGGGGUCCUCCAGCCCUCUGGAGCAGCUUCUCAGUGGGCUGUAGGCAGAAGGAGGAAUCCACGAAAACGUUUCCCCCUCCACUUCCUCCAGCUGGGGUAUCCCAAGAGACAUUCAUGGGGACUCUUGAUCCAGCCAACAGACGAGUGCUAGUCAAUAAGGAUAUUUUCAUAGAAUUGUAGUGAUGGAAGGGACCCCAAGGGUCAUUUAGUCCAGCCCCUGCAUUGCAGGAAUCUCAGCUAAAGCAUCCAUGGCAGGUAGCCAUCCAACUUAUGCUUAAAAACCUCCAAGGAAGGAGAGUCCGGAACCACCCGAGGGAGACCGUUUUGGUGGCAUAUAGGUAAAGGUACGCCUGCCCGUAUGGGCCAGUCGUGACCGACUGUAGGGUUGUGUGCUCAUCUCACUCAAGAGGCCGGGAGCCGGCGCCGUCUGAGGACACUUCCAGGUCACGUGGCCAGUGUGACAAAGCUGCACUGGUGAGCCAGCACCCGUGCCGCACACGGAAACGCCGUUUACCUUCCCGCUAUAAAGCGGUACCUAUUUAUCUACUUGCACUUAGGGGUGCUUUCGAACUGCUAGGUGGGCAGGAGCUGGGACCGAACGACGGGAGCUCACCCCGCCGCGGGGAUUCGAACCGCCGAUCUUACGAUCAGCAAGUCCUAGGCACUGAGGUUUUACCCACAGCGCCACCCGCGUCCCAUUUUGGUGGCAUAUAGGGCUUAACAUUUGAAGCCAGGGCAUGUACAUUUGGAUUCAGAACAAAUUUGCUUGUUUGUUCCUUUGGCACAAGCAGUUCUUUGGACUGUGUAACUUUUGCUGUCUUUAGUCGGGCUAAAAGGGCUCGGCUCUCAUUUGUGAAUCAGGCCAGCAUUAAAUGGGAGUAUAUGCUUGCUGGAAAAAGAAUUUAUAAAGCAGGAAGGUGACUGAGCCUAUACCCAGUUGAACAAAUAAGUCACAUUGGGUGAAUUGCAGCCCAUUCUGCAAUUCCCUAAUCGUUCUUCCUGGCCACACACACAUUUUAAUUUUCCAUUGCUCUCUGCUUUAAAACAGCGAUAAUUGCAGUCAAACUACUCUGCUUCGGUCAUGUGCGUACAGGCAAAGCACAAACUACUGCUAAUUCUGUCUAGAGAUCUCAGUGAGCCAUACUGUGUGAAAGCUUUUGCAAUGCCGCUGUUUCAAUGCAGGCAUACUCCUGCUGCAAACAUUUGUGUCUCCUUUGACUCCCGCGACCUCCCUUCAGGUGAUGCAGCUGUCUGAACAAAAUCUUCCAGUGUUUUGCUGCCAGCUUUCAAUUUCAAAAUAUCAUCCUCUUCAUCCAGCCAGCUACUUGCCCUUCCUCCGUUUCAGUCAAUCUGUUUUUGAAUUUUCCAGCAGCAAACCCAUGUUUUACUGCAAAAUCCCGGGCUUGCCUUAACAAUCUGAUUUGUGAAGCUUUUAAAUCUGUUUCUUCCAGAAAGUUGGGUAAAGCAAUUCAAAGCUCUUCGGUCUGCCACAUGUUUGAUAGAGAGAUUGAGGGAGAGAGAGAGCAUCCUUUAACGUAUUGAUUUUACAAAACCAAAACCAAAAAAACAAGCCUUUGCUUAUAAUAAUUCUUUGCACAUUCUCAUACUAGUCACCUUCCCUGACCCUGUCAGGCUGUAACUGAUUGCACUGUUGGUGAGCAAUGCAUCUCUGCAGUAAUCAGUGUGCUUUUGUCAGAGGAUGUUUGCCUUUUGAUUCUCUUUAGUAUUUGUUUCACAUUUGACCUUCCACCCCCAUUUUAACUUUGCGUAGCAUCGGAGAUUUGGAAAGGGACAUUGGGGGUAAUCUGCUCCAACUUUACAACAUCCCAACCAGACAGAGGAGCUUCACACAUAAUUUGCUACAGGUCAAACCAACGUGAAUGUUAGUCGCUCCUUUCCAUGUUGACCACAUUUUGUCUGCUGCAACAGAUAAAUGUCAAAGUUGCCCAUUGCAUUUUAAAAAAUGUGUACAGUGGUACCUCGGGUUACGGACGCUUCAGGUUACAGACGCUUCAGGUUACAGACUCUGCUAACCCAGAAAUAGUACCUCGGGUUAAGAACUUUGCUUCAGGAUGAGAACAGAAAUCGUGUUCCAGUGGUGGGAGGCCCCAUUAGCUAAAGUGGUGCUUUAGGUUAAGAACAGUUUCAGGUUAAGUACGGACCUCCGGAACGAAUUAAGUACUUAACCCGAGGUACCACUGUACAGGCAUUUUGUUCAUUCAGUCAUUUGUUGUUUAGACCAUCACUGUCAUUUAAACCACCUGCCCCAUUGAUGAUUUAAAGUUUGUAUGAAAGAUACUGCGGGAAAAGUUUCGUAUUUGCACUGCAGUGCUCAAAAUGUUGCUGUAAAUUGCUACGUCAAUGUAUGUGAUAUUCUCUUGUCUCUUAAAGGGAGUACCUGGAGUUGGAAAAGAACAAGCUUUAAAGUUGAUUAAGACUGUGAGGGGAGAGAGCUUACUGCAAAGGUAUAUUUUAUCUUAUCUUGUAGGCUAGAAUUUACAAAUUGUCAGCUGUACAUUUGUGUGAGCAUUGUGCGUCAUACAGGCCUAAUGCUGAGUUGCUUAGUGAAAAUUAGCAUCCUAUAAACCCUGCAUGAGUUUUCAGAUACAUUUCCCUGCUAUGGAUGACAUCCAACAUUAGUCAUACUUCAAGCAGACUUAUUGAAAUUAGUGAACUAGCCCACUGAUUUCAGUGAGUGUACAGUGGUACCUCGGGUUACAGACGCUUCAGGUUACAGACUCUGCUAACCCAGAAAUAGUACCUUGGGUUAAAAACUUUACCUCAGGAUAAGAACAGAAAUCUCAUGGCGGCGGUAGCGGGAGGCCCCAUUAGCUAAAGUGGUACCUCAGGUUAAGAACAGUUUCAGGUUAAGAACGGGCCUCCAGAACAAAUUAUGUUCUUAACCCGAGGUACCACUAUAUUUGUAAGAUGUGCAUUGCCUUAACAUGUAAGCAGCAGAUCUUAUGAACAAUGGUGAUUGUGUGCCUCACCUUAAGUGCUCCGUGCUACUCUCAUCCUUUAAAUAUUAGGUUUGCGCACUGGAAAGACCACUUCCAAGAUGAUGACAUCCCAGCCCUGGCAGUAAACAAGGUGAUUCAUUGCGCCGUGUGUCGUCAUCCAGGUGAGUCGGCCUGUGAACUUUAGAAGCAGCAGGCCUCCCCUUCAACAGGUUUGCAGUAGCAUUAAAAGGUUUCUUAAAAGGAGACUGGAUUGAGCCAGCGCCAAUCCAUGAAAAGUGAGUGAUAACCAAAUCCUUUUCUCUCUACAGAAAAUUAUAAUCAGCCUCUCCCCGAAGGAACAUUGUGUAGCACAAUUGGCGUAUUGUUUGUUAUUAUUGUAAUAAUAAUCUAUAUCCUGCUUUCUCUCACCAUGGAUAAUUCAAAAGGUCUGGUUCGCAUGACAUGCUAAAGCAUAGGCAAACUCGGCCCUCCAGAUGUUUUGGGACUACAACUCCCAUCAUCCCUGGCCACUGGUCCUGUUAGUUAGGGAUGAUGGGAGUUGUAGUCCCAAAACAUCUGGAGGGCCAAGUAUGCCUAUGCCUGCACUAAACCAAACCAUAGUUUAGUGUGAGCAUGCAGGCUAUCAAGAGGGGUUCAGGAAGCUGAACCCCUCUCUUUCUGGUUGUUCUGCUGUUGUGGUGCCAGGAGAAAAGUCAUGGUUUGGGUUAGUGUGUUGUCCAAACCUGGGCUUGUCAUUUAGCUCUUCCACAAGCUGCAAACUGUAGAACAGACCUUGGUUACACCUUGCGGUUUGCCUGUAUAGAGCUAAACCAUGAGUUUGGGUUUGAACAACAAGCUAAGCCAAGCCAGCACAGCAACCAAACAAACCCCUAUACAGUACCUGGCAUUUUAUUUUUAUUUUAUUGUUUGUUUUUUUAUUAUUAUUUUGUUUUGUUUCAUAAAAUGUAUAUACCAUUGAUUGUAAGAAAAAACCCUCAAAGCAGUUUACAGAUAGAAUGAAACCUACAGAAAGCUUCAGCUACUUGUGCAAUUAUACCUCAUUCAGAACUUUAUGGGACACACCUCCCCAUUUUAAGAAGCCUACACUCUCCUUUCCAUUUUCUUUCAUUUUUAUAAAUUUAUUACAAAUUUACAAACAAUCCCCAAGCGCCCAAAACACAAAGAGAAUUCCAUAAAUUCCCAUGGGCUUCCCUCCUCUCUUUUGUGGGUCCUUGGGUUAACUUUUUUUCUCCCGCAUCUUCCCUGUUGACGCAACUCUAUUAAAUCUCCAUUACAACCGUCGUCACCAUUUUCUUGCAGGAGCUUAUAAAGAUCAUGAGAGCGCCGGGUGCCGUCUCUGCGGCAGUGCAGCAUGCUGUGAACCCCACGAUGCAGAAUUCUGCUGCCCUUGUGACUGGCACUCCUCUGAGCAAGACCGGCAAGUCAGCGCAGUGGAGAAUGGCAUUAAAAAGUAGGUGUGCUUCCAUGUGCAUUUCCCCAAAUUGCUUCAGGAAAAGGACGCCAGUUCUCUGGGGGUCUCACCUGUGCAGUCACACAAGUGGGCAGCGUUUUCAACUGUAUACAGUUAUUUUCCAUAUAUUCAAAAAAUGUUUUCCACUCUUCUUUAAACAUAUGUUCUUGCUCUCUUAUUAUAUGCAAGUUGUGCAUAUUCUAUCAACUUAAAUUGCCAGUCCUCUUUAGGUAGGAUUUCGCUCACUUUCCAUUUUGGGGCUAACAAAGCAUGGGCCACAGUUGUUGCAUACAUAAAUAAUCUUUUCUGACACCAGGGAAUUUCAGUCUGGGUUAUCCCCAACAAAAAGGACUCUGUGGGGGGGGGGGGGGGGUAAGUCAUUUUGAACAUUUUUUUCAUUUCAUUAUAAAUCAUUUCCCAGAACCCUUUUACAUUUUUACAUGUCCACCACAUGUGGAAGAAUGUUCCCUCCACUUCUUUACACUUCCAACACUUAUCUGAUUCUGAUUUGUAAAUAUUAGCCAACCUACUAAGAGUUAAGGUGACGCGGGUGGCGCUGUGGGUUAAACCACAGAGCCUAGGACUUGCCGAUCAGGUCGGCGGUUCGAAUCCCCGCAAAGGGGUGAGCUCCCGUUGCUCAGUCCCUGCUCCUGCCAACCUAGCAGUUUGAAAGCAUGUCAAAGUGCACGUAGAUAAAUAGGUACCACUCCGGCAGGAAGGUAAACGGCGUUUCCAUGCGCCGCUCUGGUUCACCAGAAGCGGCUUAGUCAUGCUGGCCACAUGACCCGGAAGCUGUACGCCGGCUCCCUCAGCCAAUAAAGCGAGAUGAGCGCCGCAACCCCAGAGUCGGCCACGACUGGACCUAAUGGUCAGGGGUCCCUUUACCAUUUUACUCAGAGUUAAGCAGCAUCUAUGAAUCAUUUUCAAGUACCGUAUUUUUCGCCCUAUAGGAUGCACUUUUUCCCCUCCAAAAAUGAAGGGGAAAUGUGUGUGCGUCCUGUUGGCUUAAUGCAGGCUUUCGCUGAAGCCUGGAGAGCGAGAGGGGUCGGUGCGCACCGACCCCUCUCACUCUCCAGGCUUCAGGAAGCUAUCCGCAAGCCUUGGGAGCUCGCGGGAGUUCCCGCCGGGCUCCCCUGGCUUGCGCAGUGCUGCCUCUUAUCCCAAAGCCCCGGCGCCCUGAGCAGUCGCGCCAGGGCUUCCGGUAGCUCUGCGCAAGCCGCAGGAGGGCUUGCGGAGAGCAGCCUGUUCUGGGGGCUGGGGUCGGGGGAAGCUCGGGCUUCCCCCUCCCCAACCUUGGGGGGAAAUAAUUUUUUCCCCUUUAUUUCUCCCCCAAAAAACUAGGUGCGCCUUAUGGGCCGGUGCGCCCUAUGGGGCGAAAAAUACGGUACUUCUCUUUCAGUAAAUAGCAUGCUGUAAAUUUCAAGCCACCUUUUGAAUAAACUGCAGAAACAAGGAAGCUAUUUCCGAGUCCAGAAUCCAGACUGGUUCAGCUCAGCUGCCUGUCGCUUCACCUCUCCUGCCCUUUCGCCUUAGGCUUACAGCUCUGAAGGCAGCUCCUUUUCACACUUCACAUUUCUAACCUCUUCCUAACGUAUGCAUUUUUAUUCACAGGAAGGCUAAAGCAUGCAAGGGAUUUCCAUUUCCUGAGGUAAUUAGACCCAAUUUGAAAAUUUGAAAAUGAAUGCUUCCUAGAAUCUUAUUAUCCAGAAACCUCCUUUUCACUUGUUCUUUUUUUCCUGCCAAGGUUAUCCAAGAGUAUCUAAUCAGCAAAGAUAAACCGAUGAAGUUAAAUGGGUGCCGGAGGCCCAAUUUAUUGUCCUUUCAGGUACAGAUAGUAGAUUUUGAUGGUUCAACUGAUUGUAUGCAUGAGCAUUUAGCCCAGCUAGUAAUGAUGAGUAGUUGCCAUUUUGUUGGUUAGAAGAAUCUUCAUAUAAAUAGAAAAAUUACGGAAAGUAAGCACCAAAAAAUAGUAGGAAUUAUUGCAAUGUCGGUUAAUUGUUUCUGCAUCUGAGCACUCAAAUUAAGGAGAAACUUAAGCAGUUUUAGAAAAUGAAGUUCUCUGGAUGACUUUCAACAGAUUCAUGGAGGAACAGGCUAUCAAUGGCCACAAGGGCCAUUGUUGGAGGCAGUUGAUGGGAAUCACAAGUAUGGAGCAUGCUCCUGUGCUCAGGACUUUCUUUCAGGAUAAUGGUGGGCUUUUGGUAAUAAUAGUAAUAAUAAAAAAAUCAUUAUUUAUACCUCGCCCAUCUGGCUGGGUUUCUUCAGCCACUCUGGGAAACUCCCAACAGAAUAUAAAAAAUACAAUAAAACAUCAAACAUUAAAAACUUCCCUAAACAGGGCUACCUUCAGAUGUCUUCUAAAAGUCAGAUAGUUGUUCAUUUCCUUGACACCUGGUGGGAUGGUGUUCCACAGGGCACCCACCACUACUGAGAAGGCCUUCUGCCUGGUUCCCUGUAACCUCACUUCUCGCAGGGAGGGAACCUCCAGAAGGCCCUCGGUGCUGGACCUCAGUGUCUGGGCUGAACGAUGGGGGUGGAGAGGCUCCUUCAGGUAUACUGGGCCGAGGCCAUUUAGGGCUUUAAAGGUCAGCACCAACACUUUGAAUUGUGCUCAGAAACGUACUGAACCUAUUUCGUGUGCUAAUGGCAAGUGAACUGUUUCAUACAUGGCACUUGAAAAGGUUUUCGCCAACAAUACUGUGGCACCAGUUUUAGAGGACACAUGUUUAGAGCUUUUCUCACACUUACAGAAAUUUGCUUUUGAGAAAAUGGACUGGUCCAAGCAUUACGCUUGUGAGAAAUUGUGCAUCCUCCUCACAUACUAUGACAUGAACAGAAGGAAGUCUGGCCAUUUUGACGCUACAGCAACUGCAGGCACUAAGGUAAUUUUAUUUGGUAGUUGAAGGAAUUCUCACCCCCUGUUUCUUUUCAUAUCUGUUGCUGGAGAAAAUCUUCCUGACAGCCUUGUGGAAGUGGAAAAUAUAUGGGGGGUUUUAUACAUGGGGGUUUAAAUCAGUCCUGUAUUUCUGAUGUAGUGUAAAAUCCCCAGAACAUAACCUCCACAUAAAUUGUGGGAUUGUUGUAUUCUUUUACAUAUUGCAGCCACGUGGGAGAUUAGCCCCAUAUGUAGUGGGUUUUUAAGGUUUUUAUUUAUUUUAAUGCUAUUCUCAUAUUUCCUAAAUAAUAGUCAGUUAGCUUUUUCUGUUCUUUUCUUAAAUAAGCACUGGAUUCACAGAAGAUUGACAACCCCCUUUUUUAAAAAAGUAACUUAAAUUCUGAAUUUCACACAAACUUAUAACUGCUUGGGCAUUUUUCUGUUUGCAUUCUUCUGUUUUAAAAUGGUUUAUGUUUUUGCUUUUUAUGGAAUAUUGCAGCCAAAUAUAACUAGCAAGUGUAGUGCUAGUUAGUGUAUGAAGGGGUAAAGGACCACAAAUAGACUCAGCCAGGUCACGCCACAAGAGGGAGGAAGUAAAGCCUUUCUUCUUUCUUUCUUUCUUUCUUUCUUUCUUUCUUUCCCUCUCUCUCUCUGUCUCACUCUCUCCCUCCACAUCAUAUAAUGGGAUAGACAUGUGUGACUUUGCUCACAAGGUUACAGCACAUGUUUGGAAUCAUAUUCUGUAUUUUCUCCCAAAGUGUAUUUUGCCUUUAUUAUUGUUGCUGCUGCAUGGCACAAUGCAUGACUGAGACCUUGAAUCUGUAAGUAAAGUAUUUUAAACUUACUUAACAUUGUGUGGGCUGCUAAUUGCAAGAGGGGUAGAAAGAGGUCAGUUGCUGUGUGUAGUUGGAACGGGAUAAGAAAAGUCUAACAAGCUAUAUUCCUAAUGCUAUACUGCUGCUUAACUUUUGUGAGUUUCAUGCUCUGCUACUGGGGCUCUUUUGUGCAAUCCCUGCGUUUUGAAUCUAGGCAACCCAGCCAAUUCUGUUCUUGUUCACCCACACAUGUGGAUCCACAGGGAUUCCUAUAUUUUAAUUCCCCCUCAUUUUUAUCUUUGUUUUACAGGAUAAUCAAGACCCGGACUAAAAAUGGCAUUCCUUGCUUUGAAAUAGAGUGGCAAAAGCCAGGUUGGUGCUGUUUGUUUCUGUGUUCUUUGGGCUUAUCAUACAAUGCUGCUUUAAAUGCUGGUUUAAUGAAAAGUUUCCUUACCACCUUGAAGGAAGGAAGACAGGGAUGAUGUGAUAAGAAACUAACUUUAGCAGUAUUGGAAUGUUAAAAAUAAAAGACAGACUGGCCCUGUGUGUCUAGUGAUUGCUGGUUGGGAGAAUGUUUUUAGAUUUAUUUUUAACACACACACACACACACACACACACACAAUUAAUAUAUGUGCUUGCUUGCCACCCUGGGCCACUUUUGGGAGGAAGGGCAGGAUAGAAAUUGAAUAAAUGAAUAGUGUGAAUAAGCGAAAAUUGGAUCUUUAGAUCUUUGCAUGCUGUUCAGACGAGUAGAGCAACACACAUCAAAUCCUAACUUUAUUCCUUUCUUGUGGCAGCCAUUUCUCAGUUGCAGAGCAUCAGCGCAGCCUGCAGAAGGCUCCAGGUUGAACUCAUAACAUCUCCAAAUAGGGUUGGGUGGGGCUGGGAAAGGCUUAAUAUAUUCAUAUUGAUGAUGAUAAUAAAUUUAUUUAUACCCCGCCCUCCCCAGCCAAGACCGGGCUCAGAGCGGCUAACAACCAAUAAUAAAAACAAGCUGAUUAAAAUACAAUUUAAAAGAUUAAGAUACAACAUUAAAACAUUGGGAUGCAGCCUCUUCACAGGAGGAGAAAGCAAAAAGAAAGAGGGGGAGGGAAUCAAACUGAUUCUAAGCCAAAGGCCAGGUGGAACAACUCCGUCUUACAGGCCCUGCGGAAAGAAAUCAGAUCCCUGGUCUCAUGAGACAGAGCAUUCCACCAGGCUGGAGCCAGUGUUGAGAAGGCCAUGGCUCUGCUUGAGGCUAAUCUAACUUCCUUAGGGCCCGGGACCUCUAGGGUGUUGCUAUAUAUGGACCUUAAGGUCCUCCGUGGGGCAUACUAGGAGAGGCGGUCCCGUAGGUACGAGGGUCCUAGGCCAUGAUCACUGGAGACAAGGCAAGUUUUAAAAUAAGAGACACUCCCCCCCCCCUUCCCCACCCCUUACAAGCCAGUGGCAUGAACUCUGCUCACUGUAAUUUGACGCUGGUCUAGUUUAAAUCUGCUUUUCUUUAUGCUGCUGGAAUACAAAUUGUGGGAAUGUUAAGGGAGGCAGGAGCGGACAUAUUGUUUCAUUAUAUCCUUCCCAACUUGUGUUAACAAGUUGUACAAUUUAGCAGAGUAACAUUCCCCAUUUUAAACUUACACAGCGGAUAGGUUUGCCAGACUUGCAUAAGCCUUUAAAAUAAGUUUCCUGGUAAUUCCCCUUUUAUUCCCUCUUUUAAAAAGAAUAGACCUGACACAGUCUUGUAGAAAAGUAUAAAAUAGUUUACUCACUCAUUCUGUUCACCGAUGGAUCCGAGAAGGCAGACUUAAGUUACAAAAUAUAUACACUUAGAAUCUAUCCCGUAAGGAGAUAGGGAGCAUCCCAGGCUGAUGCUUCUUUGACGAAAGCAAAAUGGAGAAGAGAGAUGUGGUGGCCAGCCCUGUGCUUUUGUUACCUGCACAGGUAAAGUCAUGCCCACCUGUGGCCACAUGUAGAGGAAGUUUGUCCCAGCACAGGAGGAAACAGGAACUUUAUCUACUGGCUGGACAAACAUCCCUCCUCAUGUCUAAACAUGUCCACUCUAGGAAUGUUGUAUUUGACUGCUCUGUGUUUCACACCUCACAUAAAUAGCUUUUGUUUUAAAUAUUUAAGAAUGAACCACUGUUUUGUUUUUAGACACGUUGGAAAUUUAUGUGCUGAAAUUUGCUUAACAGUAAAAUUUGUAGAGGGACGCGGGUGGCACUCUGGGUUAAACCACAGAGCCUAGAACUUGCCAAUCAGAAGGUCAGCGAUUCGAAUCCCUGCAACGGGGUGAGCUCCCGUUGCUCGGUCCCUGCUCCUGCCCACCUAGCAGUUCGAAAUCACGUCAAACUGCAAGUAGAUAAAUAGGUACCACUCCGGCAGGAAGGUAAACGGCGUUUCCAUGCGCUGCUCUGGUUCUCCAGAAGCGGCUUAGUCAUGCUGGCCGCAUGACCCAGAAGCUGUACGCCGGCUCCCUCGGUCAGUAAAGCGAGAUGAGCGCCGCAACCCCAAAGUCGGUCACGACUGAACCUAAUGGUCAGGGGUCCCUUUACCUUUUUAAAAUUUGUAGACCUCUUUUCCACCGCCAGAGUGGUCCCCAAGCGGUUUGCAACAAAAGUAAACAAACAAACAGUUCACAACAAAAGUAAACAAACAAGCAGGGACGCAUAUAAAUGUCUAUAUGAGUAGCAGAGCAGUAAUAAAUGCAUACAUACUGCAUUGCAGGGGGUUGGACUGGAUGACCCUUGGAGGUCCCUUCCCCUCUACAAUUUUAUGAUGCUAUGGAAUGAAAACUCCAAAGCGGAGUCAACCAAGCCCUCCCAAAGCCUGGGAGAACACAUGUCUUUUUACUGGGCAACAGAAGGCCAUCAGUGACUUCUUGCCUGAAAGUCCUACCUUGGUGAUGAUACUUUUGGAGCAGAUUGCAUCCCCUCCUGGCAAUUUUUCUCUCUCUUAGAUAUUCAUGGGAGGUGCAAUGCGGGGGGGGGGGGAGCAAUGUGGAGACCAAGGGGGGGAAACCUGGAAACAACCCCCCUCCUAAAAAAAAACCAACCCACAGGGCUUAGGAAAUGACAGUUCAUUUGCUACUCCCUUGGAUUGCACAGUGCCUAAAUGAGAACGGAGUUAUCUUUUCUGCAGCCCUGAACCUGCCCAUCUGUAUCUGAUAGUAUUUUGUUUCCAUGCUCUGGAUUCAUUGCUCCAGAUCAUUACACUACAGCAGACGAUCAGCCUGCAGAACCCUUUUUAAUUACAACAGAAGAGGCGUCACUAUUUGAGGCUGCAUAUCCAGAAGUGGUUGCCCGAUACCAUAUGGAGAAGUUGGAAAUAUGCAAGGAAAGGAACAAAGGUAAAUCUGAAGCGUCGGGUUUUGAUUAAAUAGACACCGUGCUCCUUUCGUUUUGUGAAAUUGCCCAUUAUCCUCCUGAGAUGUAUGCAUCUUAGUCAGCGAAGCAUUAUAAUGUAAGCAGAUUCUCAGUCACUUUCCCCAGCCCUUGCUUAACUGCCCUUUAAAUCACAGAUUGCUUCUGUUAACUUCAUCACAAGGAACAAAGCCUCCUUUUUUACAAGGUGACUUUGUUUUGUCUGGUUAUUUUAGGUAAGAAGAAGAAACCUAAAGAGAGAGAAUGCUUAGCUGGGGACAGUGAAAUUGCAGAUCUUCUUUCUCGGCUGAACAUGCGAUCUGAUGAGGAAACCUUUCCCGGCAAAGAUCCUAAGCCCCCAUUUACAACUGUUUCUGGUUUUCAAACAGUUCCAGAAAAGGGCUCUAAAUUUCAGGGCCUACCUGUCACUGCACAUUUUCCUACUGCAGUCACGCAAAGUCAAAACCCACCAUCUACCUUGCUCAUGACUACUUUGCAAAAUACAGAGUAUAAUUGCAUUCCUGACGGUUCUCUGAGCUCGCAACCUGAAAACUUGCGUGCAUCUUCCCAAAUUGCCCAUCUGCAGUUGAGUGACAUUGACUGGGAAGGAACAUCCUUCAGCGUUUCUCCAAAGUGGGUUAAUAUUGUGUGUUCGGAAUCCGAGUCAGAUGCGAGUAGUAAUUUUCCAAAUCAACACUCUUCACUGCACUGCAAAACAGCUGAAAUCAUUCCCCCGUCUUUGAAUUCUGUGCGAUAUGAUCCAAAUCUACCAGGGAGUGAGGAGUGCUCUGUCUCCAAAAUUGACCUUCAUAAAGGUCAAAAUGAUUUAUCUUCAGAAGAGCGGGCAAUUCUGAAGCCUUCUGCUUUGGAAGCUUCUCCCAGCCUUUCAGAUAUGUCUCUGUUAAACUCUUUGCAAAUGGUAGAACAAAUCAAUGUUACAUCUAGCCCUGAGGGAAAAGCUCCAUCUCCUUCAGCUCAGCUAAAUGACAGUGCUCAGGAAGUUGAAAGUAUAUUACCAGGAAAAUAUCUGCGGGGACUUGGCUUGCCAGACUUGCUCAAAAACUAUGAAAAUCCAGCCCGGGCGUCAGAAAACCUCAAUAGUCCAGGAACUUCAGUGUCUCUGGGUGCCGGAACACGAAAACCAACUUACUUGGGAAACAAGUCACCAAGAUUGUUUCGCAAGUCAACGGAAGUCCUAGAUAGCUGUCGGAUGAGGGGAAAACCCGUGCCGGCCACUCAUAAAAGCUCGCUGAAGAAGAGCGUGUGCCAGAAGAUUUACUCCAGUGAAGACAGUGAUGGUGAAAAUGUGAAAGGUAGAAAGAAGGCUCACAGAAGCCCUAAGUGGCUAAGGAAGGGUCGCGUGGUUCAGCUGAAGGACAAGUGUAGGGACAAAAGGAGCAGCCAUGAAUUGGUGGCUGAAGUUGUGCCAGGAAAGAAUUCUCUUAAAGGGCCUGCCAUUAAUUUACCAGUGGAAGAGCUUCCUAUUGCACACAUUCACAAUUCUCUGACACUCUCAGAAUCUAAGCUUUGUCGGUCCUCUCCUCCUCUUCAGGCAAGUGAGGCUGCCGCCUGGUCUGAUAGCCCCCUUCCUUUGGCCGAACGGCUGAAACUAAGACUGCAGAGCAGUUGA